GCGCCCCGAAAUGGCUCGGGUGCAGGGCGAGCAGAGAGGCGGCGCGCCGCUGAUGGCGGAAGGCCAGUCGGGCGCCGAGGUUAAGCUCAUUCUGUACCACUGGACGCAUUCCUUCAGCUCGCAAAAGGUGCGCUUGGUAAUUGCUGAAAAGGCAUUGAAGUGCGAGGAACAUGACGUAAGUCUGCCCCUGAGUGAGCACAAUGAGCCUUGGUUUAUGCGUUUGAACUCAACUGGAGAAGUGCCUGUCCUUAUCCACGGGGAAAACAUUAUUUGUGAGGCCACUCAGAUCAUUGAUUAUCUUGAACAGACUUUCCUGGAUGAGAAGACACCCAGGCUAAUGCCCGAGAAGGGAAGCAUGUAUUAUCCACGGGUCCAACACUAUCGAGAGCUGCUCGACUCCUUGCCGAUGGACGCCUACACGCACGGCUGCAUCCUACACCCCGAGCUAACGGUCGACUCCAUGAUCCCUGCUUACGCAACGACGCGGAUUCGCAGCCAAAUUGGUAACACAGAGUCUGAACUGAAGAAACUGGCGGAGGAAAACCCGGAUUUGCAAGAGGCGUACAUCGCGAAACAGAAGCGGCUUAAGUCAAAGCUGCUGGACCACGACAAUGUCAAGUAUUUGAAGAAAAUUCUUGAUGAGCUGGAGAAAGUCCUGGACCAGGUCGAAACUGAGUUGCAAAGAAGAAAUGAAGAAACCCCGGAAGAGGGCCGCCAGCCCUGGCUCUGCGGAGGGUCCUUCACCCUGGCGGACGUGUCGCUCGCUGUCACCCUGCACCGACUGAAGUUCCUGGGGUUUGCGAGGAGGAACUGGGGGAACGGAAAGCGACCGAACUUGGAAACCUAUUACGACCGUGUCCUGAAGAGGAAGACGUUUAACAAAGUUCUAGGACAUGUCAACAAUAUUUUAAUCUCUGCGGUGCUGCCGACCGCAUUCCGGGUGGCCAGGAAAAGGGCGCCGAAGGUUCUGGGCACCACGCUCGCGGUGGGCUUGCUCGCGGGAGUCGGGUAUCUCGGCUUUAUGCUUUUCAGAAAGAGACUCGGAAGCAUGAUAUUAGCCCUCAGACCCAGACCGAAUUAUUUUUAGGCUUACAGGCAUCCAGUGCUGGCAACUCACCCACCCUUAGCUCACCCUGU